AUGCCUAUUAGCCUGUAUAAUGUUGUUUAUAAAAUUAUCACCAAAGUAUUGACUAAUCGACUUCAGCCUUUUCUUCCAGAUAUUGUUAGUCCUUUACAAGGAGGUUUUAUUCUAGGUCGUGGUGCUCCUGAUAAUAUUAUUGUGGCUCAAGAAAUUCUGAAUUUCAUGAAGCACACAAAAUCCAAGAAAGGAAGAUAUCUUGGAGUUAACCUUAAUCAUUUCCGUACCAGUAAGGCUUCUUUUCAUUUGGUGAUUGAAAAGAUAUCUUUUUUUCCAAAUUGGGUUUGCGAUAAAUUGUCUUCGAUGAUGAGACAGUUCCUUUGGAAGGGUCAAGUUGAUGGUAGAGAUCUUUCUCUUGUUAAUUGGAGGACCGUGAUCACUCCAAAGAAAUUUGGUGGCCUGGAUGUUAGAGAUCCUACAUGUGUUAAUAUAUCUUUACUUGGUAAAUUGAAGAGUAUCUCAAAGGCUUUUGGUGCUCUUAAGGAUGCCUUCUCUUGGUGCGUUGGGUCACUUGAUCAAUCUUUUUGGUUUGACAAUUGGAGUAUUGAGGUCCCAAUUGCUCAAGAUGUCCCUUUUGUACAUAUAUCUGACUCUGAUUUAACUAUUAGAGACGUUUGGAAAGAUGGUCAAUGGAAUCUCCAUGAUAUUUUCUCUAUAAUUCCAGAAGAUGUCAAACAGCGUUUGAAUGCUUAUAAUCCGGAUUUAAAUGCUGGAGAGAGUUCGGGUUGGUCGUGGGGUGUAGUAUCUUCUAGACUCUACUUAGCUAGGCGUGGGUACAGUUGGCUAGCCAAAAGAAAGUUUGACUGGAAUGGGCAUGAUAAUUGGUUGUGGGUAUGGCGACUGCAUAUUCCUGAGAAGUACAAGUUCUUGAUUUGGCUCAAUCUUCAUAAUGCUAUUCCUACGGCAAAGUUUCGUUUGGGUCGUGGCUUAGCUUUAUCUAGCACCUGUCAUCGGUGUCAGAAUGGUUCUAAAUCCAUUCUUCAUUGUCUUCGGGAGUGCCCUAGUGCCAAGGAGGUCUGGAACCUUUUAGGCCUGUAUUCAGAUAACUCGGAUUUACGUGAUUGGCUCUACAGAGGUGCAAGGAGUGGAUAA